AUGUCGGAAAACAGACUUGGGAGACGACUUGAAGGAAACGGAACGACAGACGACGACAGCAGACGACGAAGACGACGACAGACGACGACGACGACGACGAAGACGACGACAGACGCCGACGACGACGACGACGACGACGACGACGACGGACGACAGUACGAACGACAGACUACGACGAAGACGAUGAGAAGACGACGACACGACGACGGACGACGAAGACGACGACAGACGCGAACGACGACGACGACGACGACGACGACGACGACGACAGACGACGACAGACGACGACGACAGACGACGACGAAGGACGAGGACAGACGACGACAGACGACGACGAAGAACGACGACAAACGACGAGACAGACGAACGACGACGAACGAACGACGACGACGAGACGAGACGACGACGACGAGAGACGAGAGCGACGAAGACGACGACGACGACGAGGACGAGAAAGACGACGAGAAGACGAAGACGAGGACGACGAAGACGACGAACGACGACGAGACGACGACAGACGACGAAAGACGACAGACGAGACAGAAGACGGACGACCGACGACGACGACGACGACAGACGAUAAGACGACGACGACGAGACAAGACGACGACAGAGACGACGAAGACGACAGAGACGAGAAGACGACGAGAGACGACAAGAGACGACAGACGACGACGAAGACGACGACGACGAACGACGACGACGACGAAGACGACAGACGACGAGACGACGACGACGACAGACGACGACGAACGACGGACGACGAGACAGACGACGGACGGACGAGAGAGACGACGAAGACGACGACAGACACGACAACGACAUACAUACUACACGACUACGACGACACAACUAGACUACAUACUAGACAACUACUACAUACACUACUACUACACACUAGACAAGUAG